UUCUUUGUGGCGUCUAUUACGAUGGAGGUGAAGCCUUCUGAAUGCAAAACGUUUUAAUCGUGGAGGGUUUUAUUCGACAAACUUUCUUUGUAAAAUGUUUUUGUUGAAUUAUUUUUUUCUUGAUAUAAAUAAGGAGCAAGUUUUUGUAUUCUCACCAUCCUCUGCCUCCUACGCCGUCGUAGUUAUUGCAGAAAGACAAACCCAUCAAUGGCUUCAUCACCAAACCCCCAUGUUUUGGUCUUCCCUUUCAUGUCUCACAGCCACACCUUCCCAUUGAUAGACGUCUCAAUAGCUCUCUCUCGUCACCAAGCAAGAGUCACCAUUGUCACAGUCCCAGCUAACUCAAGCUUCAUCUUUCCCAAAAUCCAAACCAUCCUUCUCAUAUCCCUCGUCGAGCUCCAUUUCCCCGCCAUUGAUGACCUCCCCGAAGCUUGCCAUUGUCAAAACCUGUCUGAAAUUCCUUCUUCGCAGGUCUUCGUCUCUUUCCUCACUGCCACCACCCACCUCAAAAACCCCUUUCAACAGCUCCUCCAAUCCAUGGCGGAUUCCGGCGACCUCUCUUUGUGUGUCAUCACCGAUUACUUUCUUGGUUGGAACGCCAGCAUUUGCCAAAACUUCGGCGUUCCAAGAUUGGUCUUCCAUGCCACCGGCGUUGUGCCAUUGCUCAUCACCAAAGCCAUUAUGGCCAAUGCUGAUUACACGGCUUCUGCUUCCUCUAUCUCUACUCUUAUCCACCGGCUUCUGCCGAGUCUGUCGUUUAAUUUAACAGCCGCUGAUGUCCCCGACGUCAAUUUGUCGUCGAACACCGACAGCAACCCGUUCGCCAAAUUCAUAGCGGAGGCAGGGGAGGCUGAAUUGCAGAGUUGGGGGGUCAUCGCCAAUACCUUUCUCGAGCUCGAAAUCGAUCAUAUUUCGCAAUUGGAGUCCUUUUACUCAAAAGGGGCGAAAGUUUGGUGUGUUGGUCCUACUUUUCUCUAUGGACCAGAAAGCACCACCAAUCAUCACAAGGACGAUAACUCGGUUUCCUUGAUGAAAUGGCUCGAUGGACGUGCGGCGGAGGCAUCGGAGUCAGCGAUCUAUGCAGCAUUCGGGUCACAGGCAGUGCCGACGGACGCCGAGAUGGAGGCGAUGGCGCUUGGAUUGGAGGAUUCCGGGUGCCCAUUUGUGCUAGUCAUUAGGUCGAACAUCGGGGGGUUUCUGAGCCACUGCGGGUGGAAGUCGAUAAUGGAGAGUUUGGCGGCGGUGCCGAUUCUGGCGUGGCCAAUGAUAUCGGAGCAGAAGCUGAAUGCGAAAUACAAAAUAUAUUUGGAA